AUGCUCCAUAUAGAGGAUAGCAAGUUGAGGGUGAUCCUUGCCAGUUACUACCUGAAGAGUGAUGCGGGCCAAUGGUGGAAGUAUGCUAAAGGCUGGAUAGCACCAACAUGGGAGGCGUUUGUAGUGGCCUUCCAAGACAAGUAUCUACCCCCUACAGCUAGGAAGAGGUUGAGGAAGGAGUUCAAGGACCUUAAGCAAUUAAAUAUGUCUGUGGUCGAAUUUGAAGCAGCCUUCUCUAGUUUGUCCCGGUUUGCACCAGAAUUGGUAGUGAUGGAAGAGCACCGUUACAUCGAGUUUGAGCAGAGAUUGAGGACUAAGAUCCUAUUCAAGGUUGCCAGGAACAUGAUCCGAGAUUAUGAUCACCAUGUGGAGGCGGCUGCUCAUGUGGAGAUUAUUGUGGAGGCCGAGGAGGAGAGACUUCAGAAUUCGAGGUCUAGGGGCCAAGGGUCACAGGGGGAUUUUAGGCCCAACAAGAAGAGUAAGAGCACCGUUUCAUCCCAGUCUCAAUCGCAACAAUCUAGAUCUGCUCACCCCUUGCCUAGUGCAGGCCCAGGGAAGAGUACACCGAGUGGGUUUUCUUGCUUCAAGUGUGGCCAAUUGGGUCAUAAGGCUUUUGCCUGUCCACAGAAGGGAGGAGGAUAG